UUUCAAUGCCGCGAAAUCGACGUCCGGUGGGCUCAAGAAAGAAAAGAAAAAACAACAAUUACAACACGAAAAGGAUGUUCCACUUUUGUGGGUUGCUAUAUAUACUUCGGAGUAACCUACCGGAAAACGGAAUUUGUGCAGUCAAGAUUGUGGAAUUCAUAGGAAACUGGUCAUGUAAAUAGCCUGAUUACUGGUUAUUUUGGUCCUUAACCAAACCAAGAUGGGAAGAGGAUGUGACUUUUAAGUUCUCGGAGGCAUGUUUGAGAGUUGUCAAUCAAAAGUUUUGCACACAACAAUGAACUCUCGUCCGUAGGCGUAACCCUCGCGAGAUCGCACGAGACUUGGGGACCCGGAAGUAACUUAGCGCAUCGAAACCACGAGAGAAGUGGUUACGCAGUUUGCACUCAAUCGCGCCGAUUUUCCCUGUUUUUCGUCGUUUUACAGCUCCUUUGACACUUUUGUCAGUUGCGCACGAUGCAGUCAGAGUCAGAAACCGAGGAAAGACGUUUCAGUGACCUGACCAAACCGCGCCACGCAACCCAACAGACAGCUAUCGGUCCGACCAGGUCCUGUGGUUCUCUGGAGAAACAUGAGCUGUUUUUCCUGGUCCUGACCAUCCUUGGUCUGAUGGGUACCCUAGGACUCACCAUCUACAGACUUGCCAAAAUCACCAGUGUAGAUGCUGAAACUGCAGACUUUACCUUUGCACUGGUCCUGAUCAUCAAUACAGUUGCGUGCAUGAUCUUUGUUGUCCAUGGCCUGAUGCGGGAGCGGCCCUACGAGGUUGCCAUCUUCAUCAUUGCAGAUGUCAUUGUUCUCAUCUACUGUAUCGUCAACUACGCAGAGAAGCCAAGAUUUGAUGAUGCCACAGAACAUGCCGUCAAGUUGGUGCGGUUGAUUCUGGUGGUGGUGUUCUCAGUGAUCGCUGUUCCUCUGGCUGUCUACAUCCUGGUGUCCUUCUAUCAGUCACGCAACCUCAUCUUCAGAACAGUUGGCGCCAACGAAGCAUUGCAGAACAUGUGUGACCUGACUUUCUUCAACGAAGCUUUACUGAAGCUGGACUUUCAGCUGGAGUUGUCCAUGGUGGUGUUAGUGAUGGACAAGGGAACAGACGUGAACCCUGAGGACAUCGUGGUGUUGUCUGUGGGGACUGUGUUUGUGCUGGUCUGGGCCAUAAUGGGAUAUCUCUCGAUGAGAUUUGAGAACAGAGUUUUGGUGAUCAUCUUCCUGCUACUGUGGUGGUGUGAGCCGGCCUACAUCAUUUACAAGAUGGUGGUUGUUGCCCAGCAGCUCCACAACAAGGGAAAAACACUCUCUGACACCAAAAUUGUGUCAGCAGCAGCCAUCGCCUGUGGCAUUGCUGCAUGUGUCAUCCACUCCCUGAUCCUGGUCAUCACGUGGACGGUCUGGGGAAACUUUGGCAAAGGGCUCAAGGAGAAAGUGUAUGGACAGCCAGCAAGCACAGAAGACAGCAGGCAGGUUGUGGAAGAAGAGUCAAGAACUUAAGGCAGAAUACAGCAGCUAACAGCCGCUGGACUUGUACAAAGACAAUCUUGUCACUUGACAUAGUACUGUCUAAUUCUCUUGCAUCAUAUCACACUUUAUAGCAUUACAGACUUUCAUUGUUGAAAGUAGAGAUUUAUUUUUUCCAUCAAUUCUACAAUCAGACUGUUACAUAACUGUUUGUUUACAUAAACAUUGAAUUCUGAAUUAUUUUUAAGGAUGUCAAGUGACAUACAUGUAUGCAGGAUCUAAUGAUACAUGACUGCACUACAUGUUCUUGGAAUGUUAAAAUAUGCUAUACAUGUAGAACUACUAGAAGUGUCAACUUAUACAGAUCAUUUAUUGCACUAUCAACAUUCCAGAAAUGCAUUGAUUAUUAAGUUUGCUUUUUUUUGCUUAUUAAAUACAAUAAAGAAUAUUGUAAGUUUAGGGUAAUUAAAAGUAUUAUGCAGACUAACAAAAAGCCAUGUAUGUAUGUGAAGGCACAAUAUACAUUAAUUUUGUAAUUUGAUUUUAUACAAGAGUUUUUAAAUUGCAUGCACAGGUUGUUGUA